AAACUUGUGCAGGACGGUUGCGAGACAGCUGAGAAAUUCAACUACCUUUGCCACUAUCAAGAACAAAUACCAGUGACCUUCCUUCAUCUGUCUUCCUAAUUUCUAAGCAACGUUUGCUGCAACAAUCCCAUGUUCCAAAAUCACACAACUUUGACUCAAUUUUUUGCUUCAUCAAAACAUGGCAAAAACUAGGAGGAUUUUCACUCUUCUGCUCAGGUUGAUAGCCUUUGCAGCAACACUUUCUGCUACAAUUGUAAUGGCUUCAAGCCAUGAUACAACUACCUUCUUGGCAGUCAAAUUUGAAGUCAAGUACAGUGACACACCGGCCUUCAAGUACUUCGUGAUUGCAAAUUCAAUUGUCAGCGUCUAUAGCUUUUUGGUUCUCUUUCUUCCUUCGGAGAGCUUACUCUGGCAUUUAGUUUUUGCCUUGGAUAUGGUUUUCACAUUGUUACUGAGUUCAAGCAUUUCGGCUGCAUUGGCAAUUGCUCAAGUAGGGAAGAAGGGGAACUUCUCCGCAGGUUGGCUACCAGUUUGCGGCCAAGUUCCCAAGUACUGUCAUCAAGUAACAGGAGCUUUAGUUGCUGGCUUCAUUGGACUCAUUUUCUAUCUGCUGCUGCUUCUCUGCUCCAUCCAUUCCCUGUUGAAUCCUCUUCUUCUUCAAAAGACUUAGAUUUCUUUGUCUUUUUUUACUGAUCUUGGAGUUCAUUCUUGUAUUUUCUCUUUCAAUUAUUGUGUCUCAUUUGUAGCCUUUGCAGAAUCCUUAUUAGAGCUUCUCUAUUUUAGAAGACUGUUUCGACUC